AGGCGUGCAUAAAUAGUGUGUGUGCUAAUCCUUGCGUCUGUGGAUCUAACGCUGAAUGUACAGUAGUGAGACACCAUCCUGUUUGCUACUGUGAACGUGACUAUUCCGGAAAUCCUUAUCAAGGCUGUACUAAAGUUGAAUGUGCAUCUGACUCCGAAUGUCGUGAUAGUGAUAUGUGCUUUAAACGGGGCCUGUGUCAGUCCUUGUAUAGUAGAAGCUCCAUGUGCAAUAAGCGCGGAGUGUUAUGGCGAAAACCAUCGAUCUCAAUGUCGCUGUCCUGUUGGAACGAUUGGUACCCUUACAACAAAUGCCAAGCACCUGACUGUGAAUUUAAUUCAGAUUGCAAUGAUGACAGUGUGUGCCUUAAAGGAAUUUGCCAACAUGCUUGUUCUGCAGACGGUCAUAACCCGUGUGCUAACAAUGCUAAUUGUUUUGCCAGAAAUCAUGUUGCAGCGUGUAAAUGUCCAUCUGCUCUCCCUAAUGGUGACCCGUUAUCAUUCUGUGAAAAGACCUUAGUGCUUGGUGAACCAGAAUGUCGAUAUGACAGCGACUGUCCUAGUGGUCAAGCUUGCCUGAGAGAUGAAUGUCGAGAUGCUUGUAAAGAACUCAACCCAUGUGCUAGUAAUGCUCGUUGCACAGUUUCUGAUAGCGUUCCCUUCCGAACACUGAUUUGUCGUUGCCCAGAAGGCUAUAUACCGGAUGAAGGCUCAUGUAAACCAGCGCAAUUGCCACCUUUAAGUUGCUCUUCAGACAAUGAUUGCGGCGAUCAGGAUUCUUGUAUUAACAGAAAAUGUAGAAAUCCAUGCAAUUGUGGUGAAAAUGCAGAAUGUUUUAUUAGUAAUCAUAGACCUGUUUGUUCUUGCCGAAAUGGUUUUGACGGCAAUCCAUAUCAAGAAUGUCGCAUAGUUGGAUGCCGUUCGAAUUCAGAAUGUGAAUCUCAUCAAGCGUGUAUUAACGGCAACUGUGUGAGUCCGUGUCUGUUAAAUAGUACUUGUGGACCAAACGCAGAAUGUUUUGUUGAAAGAUCUCAACCACUUUGCCGUUGUCGAUCUGGAUUUGAAGGUGACGCCUACUCUGGCUGCAAUGUUAUUGAAUGUAGAUCAAAUGGCGAUUGCCCUGAAGAUAAACAAUGCAAGGCUCAUAAAUGCAUAAACCCCUGCUUAUCUGCAAACCCAUGCGGAAGUAAUGCUGAUUGCUUGGUUCGUAAUUAUAUUGCUAUAUGUAAAUGUAAGCAGGGAUUCUCUGGUAGUCCAUAUAUUCAAUGCAGACCCCAAUUCACUGCAGACUGCUACGUGGAUGCCGAUUGUCCAACUAAAUUAGCUUGUUUAUCAGGUAAAUGUGUAAAUCCCUGUACAGAACUCCAGCCAUGUAAAAAUCCUGCACAGUGUGAAGUAUCAAAUACGCUACCAGUUCGUACAAUGAUUUGUUCUUGUCCACCUGGAUAUAUAAGUAGCGGAGGAGGUGUAUGCCGCCCCGCUUCACCAAUAGAAGAAGUAGCCUGUGAACUUGAUACGGAUUGUUCCACAAAUCAUGCUUGUAUAUCAUCAGUUUGCAGAAACCCAUGUGAUUGUGGUCCUAAUACCGAUUGUUUAAUAAAAGAUCACAAGCCUGUCUGCGCCUGCAAACCAGGUUUUAUGGGUGAACCUCACACUGGCUGCUAUAACAUCUUGUGUCAGUCUGAUAACCAAUGCGCCAAUGACGAAACUUGUGUUAACAGUAGAUGCGUACCAGCUUGCUCACUGGAAGUAGAUAUGUGUGGUAAAUCUGCAGAAUGUUACGGAAUUGAUCACCGAGCAUCGUGCCGUUGCCUAAUUGGGACAGUCGGUAAUCCAACUGUAGCAUGUACACCCAUUGGAUGUCGCUCCAACUCAGACUGUCCAGAUGAAAAAUCUUGUAUUAACUUAAAAUGUGUUCAACCUUGUAAUAUUACAAAUUGUAACAAACCAGCGGAAUGUCGAGUACAUCUUCAUGAAGCUUAUUGUGUUUGUCCUCCUGGAUUCGAAAGUACCAUAGAUGGCUGUAACAAAACCGAGUCAAUCUGUAGAAGUGACUUUGAUUGUCCACCAGCUAUGACUUGUUCGAAUAAGAAAUGUGUCAAUCCUUGUUUGGAAGGAAAUCCCUGUGGGAGCAAUGCAGAUUGUAACGUCUUAGAGACUUUACCAGUAAAAACAGUGAUAUGUGAAUGUAAACCUGGUUACAAAGGAAAUGCGCUUGUAAAUUGUACACCAUACAAACAGCCUACUACAAAAUGUGAAGAUGGUGAAGGAGUAAAUGAGUUUGGUGAGUGCGUACCUUGCCAGGCGAGUGACGGUCAUAUAGUAGACGCUCGUGGGAGAUGUGUAUGUAAUGAAGAACGAGGAUUCAUUGCCCGUGGGGAAAAAUGCGAACCCGCUGGCUGCCGUGCUGACGACCAAUGCGAUGACACCUCGCGAUGUAUUAACGGCAAAUGUAUACCUGCAUGUGAGGCUGAACCUUGCGGUUUACAUGCAACAUGCGAAGCCAUAGGACACCGCUCGCGCUGCACUUGUAUCACUGGUUAUGUAGGAAAUCCAAGAGUUCAUUGUAAUCAAUCCAACAUCAAUUACCGUACUGACUUUCCACUACCAGAUAUGCAGGUUCAUUGUCUAGAUGGUGUAAGCGUAAGUUUGAAAAUAAAGGAUUUCAACGGAGUCCUAUAUGUAAAAGGAUAUAGUAAAGACGAAAGAUGUCGCCUGGUUGUGCAUACAGUGAACCAAGAAAGACCAGUUGAUUUCACCGUGUAUUUUGGGGAUUGUGGAUUAGUUCACGUCAACGGUCUUGCAAGCUUCGUGCUAGUUAUGCAGAAACAUCCUAAACUUGUCACAUCAAAUGCUAAAGCUUUCCAUAUAAAAUGUAUCUACCAAACUGGUGAACAAAAUGUGACACUUGCCUUCAAUGUGUCUAUGUUAACAACUGCCGGUACUAUAGCUAACACUGGCCCUCCGCCAACUUGUUCGAUGAGAAUCGUUUCGCGAACGGGCGAUGAAGUUAGCUCAGCUGAAAUCGGAGAGAACUUAGUACUCCAAGUUGAUGUCCAACCUUCGAGUAUCUAUGGUGGUUUUGCGCGUAGCUGUAUCGCAAAAACUAGCGAAGUUGCGACGAACAUAGAAAACGAGUACACUGUAACAGACGAAGAUGGAUGCGCUACAGACGCAGCGAUAUUCGGCGAAUGGGAGCGAAGCGAAGACGGCAGUGCAUUACGCGCCGCCUUUAACGCCUUCAAGUUCCCUAGCAGCGACAAUAUUCGAUUCCAAUGUAAUAUACGAGUAUGCUUUGGAAAAUGUCAACCGGUUAAUUGUCGCGGUUCUGACGCUUUCGGCAAGCGUCGAAAGCGAGAAGCGAUCGACGGAGAUAGCCCUUUGGCGGGUCAACUUCGAGAGGAGGUGACUGUCGAAUCUAACCAGAUUCUGACGCUUGAAAGACGUGAUCCAUCUAGGGCAGCUCGACAACGCGAUGGUUCAGGAGACACAAAUACGACAGGUGGCGCCGGCGAUGUGUGUGUUUCAGCGGCUGGGCUGGCCGUGGCGCUUGCAUUGACGGCACUCUUGGCUCUCGUAGCGGUAGCAGCAGCUGUUGCGUGCUGGUUGGUAGCGUGGAGACGCGCACGUCCUCUGCCAGCCCCACUGCCUCACCCGCCCGACUUCCCGAACCCAUUAUUCCAGCGUUAGUCGCGGGUCCCAGCUAGUCGUUCGCUCCGCUCCUCCGCCGGCGCCAGCGGUGUCGGUCUUCUUUUCUCUCGGUAUUUUGUUCGCCGUCGGAGGACCGUCGGGCGAGGACACCCCAAGCGCCGUCCCUCGCGUGCACUUGUGGCGUCCUGUUUAGAAUAUAUACUACAUGAUAUUAGUUGUCAUAAUGUACUUAGAAUCGUCGCCUCCUCUGAACUAUGUGAUAAAUAAUAAAUAUUCGAAAUCAGCUUAAUGUUGUGUAAAAUAAUCAAUGACGUAGUUCGUAAGCAUUUAUUAAUAAAAACAAUAAUAAUAAA